CUUGUCUCAGCAGAUGCAUUGUGGGUAACCUGCCAUUUUAACACAAUAUAUGACUCCAUUCUGUUGUGAGAACAACGCAAUAAAUACGGACACGAGACCAGAUACAGCUUUUUAACACUAUCGUAUCAAAGAUCAGGGGGAUUUUUUGGAGCCAUGGCCCGUACUAAGCAGACAGCCCGUAAAUCUACUGGAGGCAAAGCCCCACGUAAGCAGCUGGCCACCAAAGCUGCCCGCAAGAGUGCCCCUUCAACUGGUGGGGUCAAGAAGCCCCAUCGCUACAGACCCGGUACCGUGGCCCUUCGUGAGAUCCGUCGGUACCAGAAGUCCACUGAGCUGCUGAUUCGCAAGCUGCCCUUCCAGCGCCUCGUGAGAGAAAUCGCCCAGGACUUCAAGACCGACCUGCGUUUCCAGAGCGCGGCCAUUGGAGCCCUGCAGGAGGCCAGCGAGGCUUACCUGGUGGGUCUGUUUGAGGACACCAACCUGUGCGCCAUCCAUGCCAAGCGUGUCACCAUCAUGCCCAAAGACAUCCAGCUGGCACGCCGUAUCCGUGGGGAGCGUGCUUAGACGUGCCCCCCCUCCCCAAUUCACUCAGCACCUCUUUUGCCUCUUUUCCUUAAGUAGCUUGAGUUGAGUAACGUGACAAGUAGAGUUGGUAGUCUUGUCCCCCUUUGUUCUCUUUGCAGCAGACUCUUAGGGUAUCAUGUGUCUGUUUAGGGCUGACCUGUCACACUUUGUGUAUGCAAAUCAGAACGGCAAAUGGUGCAUGCAUGAAGCAUCUCUAGGGCAAGCAGUUUUCUUCUCCUACCAUCAGCAAUGCUAUUAUAUUACAAUGGGGUUGUUUCUUUGUUAUACCAUACAUUGUCUUUUUACAUAUACCCUUUGUUUUUGUACAAUACAGCAUUUAUACUGUUUACAGGAUACAUUUACAAAUAGUUAAUUCUGUUCUCAAAUUGAGAGAAAUUAAUAAAAAAUACACUGCAUGUUUAAAAAAAUUAAGCGAAGGCCUAUAUGUAGCAUAACGUUUGUAUUUCUCCCAUGUUUUAUCCAGGAAAUACUUUAGUUCCUCUCUCAGGUUGACAUUAUACCCUUUUUUUACUGGUUUUGAUUUGAUAAUCUGUAAUUUUUAAAGCAGACAUUUGUAAUAUCCUGAAUUCUCAUACAAAGGUAAUUAAUAAACGGAUGUUCCACAAAAUUA